CCCCCCCCCGACUGACAUCACUCAGGAGAGUAUAGGCAGACUUAAGGGUUGCCGGGUGGCCAUGGUGUACAGCGUUCACCUGUAGCCUGGCGAGGUGAACACGUCAGUUGAACACCCCGCGGGGAGGAGUAACACGCGGUCCACUAUGGUGUGUGGGGGCGGCUCCGUCAGGUGGUUGGCACUUGUUGCUGUCCUUCUCAGUGCCGCUAGCUACGGUGUGUGUGUGUGUCACCUUGAAAACUAUGUGUCAUCGUGUAUCCUGAACAUCUUGGAGGAGCACAUAGAGGCAACUGCCAUAAUUAAUCAUUGUCACCUGCCACUUGAUAUCACCUUCCUAAUAGCAUAUCAGUAUCAGAACAGCACCCGCCAUAACUGGAAGUACACCUUUGUUACAUCGAACCAGAAUGAAAGAGUUCUCAUUCCUGGGUUGUUACUCCCUGUGGCACCUCAUGCGCCAGUCUUCCUGUAUGCACGAGUACCCGAGAGGUUGUUCAACAUGCACAACUCUUCUUUUGUGGCUAUUGAGGCAUCAUUUGUAGCAGAGUUAAGCAUUGAUAAGUGGGAAGAAGCAGAAUUCCUAAACCACACAGUAUACAUUGGCUCAACAAAUGAUUGUCUAUUCAGCAAAGUGGGACAGGACUACAUACCUUGGAUUAUUGGUGGUUUAUUUGCCAUAGCACUGGUUUUGGGUGCUCUAGGUGGUGGUUGCUAUUUAUAUAGAAAAAAAAAAUUAGCACUAGAUGAACUGGCACUUGUAUCAGCCAUGGAAGUCGGUCUUCCAGGGGCACAACCAUAUCAGAUGGAUGCAGUUGUAGAAAAAAAAAAUCAGAACAUUGAAGCGUUAAAUAACGAGUCAUCUCAAUCUGAGAACAACAAAACAGAAACUAUGAACAAUGGCAGUGAAGCCCAUGAGCAGACAACACAUCAGAAUUUUGAGGAAGUGGCAGAACAGCUCAGAAAAGGCAAAAAAGGCUUCAAAUUUGAGCGGUUAAAGGAAGAGCCCACCACAUUAUCUAAUGGUUCUUUGGGACUAAGAGACAUGUCUGUUGUAAUUGGCAACCCUGCUUAUCAAGAAGACUCACAACAAACACAGAAUGAAGAUAAUCAAAACAAGGAACAUCAAGGACAGCCAGUAAAUGUAGAUUCUUCAUUAAAAGAUGAACUUAUUAUAGAAAAUCAUCAGGUAAAUAGCACGUACCCAGAUCGAGGCAGCCCAGACCUUUCGUUAGAGGAUAAUUCAGCCAUUAACGUGAACCAGGAUGUUCCAUGUGAAGAGGAAUUGUCAGUUAAUGGACAUACUCUAGAGUCUGAUGACAG